AUGUCUUCCACGCAGUUCCAACGUAUCCUCGCCAGUUGUGAAAUAUUCUGGGGCAAAGGCGACUAUGACCUCGAUAUUGAAACAGACGGUUGGAUGACGUACUGUGUAGUUGUCAAGAAAGACUUGGGAAUUUCAUUUGAACCGCCCCUGAUUAUGACUGGGGCAUGUGGCUCGGAGGAUCGCCCAUGGGGAGAGUUGGACAGAAUGCUGCGCAUAUGGGCUGAGCAAAUAUGGGGCGGACAACUAAUGACAGAUGACCAGAGACUGGAGAUAUUCGGUGGGCCUAGCGAACGGAAUAAACCGAUAUUACGGCCGUUUAUUGCUAGGAUCAACGAAAGAGAGAUGGACAGUACGGUGAGACAGGCCCCUGGUGAAAUUGACGGUCAGCAUAUCCGAUCGAGACUGCCCGUAGCAGCACCUUAA